UUUGCAAAAACAGGCAGAGAGGUACUGUUCAAGACAGGCCAACCAAAGGACGAAGAACUUCUCAGUCUGGCUCGUGAAAUCGAGUCAAUCUGGAGACCACUUGGUGUAGUUUUAGGCCUAACAAAUGCGACUUUGGAUGAAAUUCACGAAGAUAAUCCUAAAGUGUUGGAUAAAUCAUAUACCAUGCUAAGAAAGUGGAAGGAGUCGCGUGGAUCUGGGGCGAGUUAUCAAAACUUAGCUGAGGGGCUAGAUAACGAAGUUUUUAAAAGGCAUGACUUGGUAGAGAGAUACUGUAACGACAAAGGUAAGUAACUCAAACUAAAAGAACAACCAUGCUUUUUCAAAUUUUCCUCAGCCUUCCUUGAUCGCUGAACAUAAGAGGCGAAUCAAGCUCAAUCAUCAGCCGCUAAUCAUGAAAAUGAGCCCGCGCUCUGCGGAUCUUAGGAAACAGCGGAAAUCGAGCCUCCCGUCUUCCGAGUUCGGCUCGGCGUUGUUUCCUUCCCUAUGAGAGACGAUUUUCUUCGGGAAAAGGAGCGCGAGGUUAAAUCCCAAGCAGGGUCUGCCCGCCUUGUUUUUAAGUAGGUCAGUCUGCGUCCAAACAGACAGCGGUUGCAGGUCCGUCUACCGGGCAUGUGUAAUUUGCUAAAUUGUGGCCAAUCACGUGCCAAACUCUCGUCCCAAAUAAAUGAAACCAUAACAAACUCCCGGUGCCACUCCUCGAAAGCUAAUACUUAGCUAGGGACGCGAUUUCAGUCGAGAGAAAAAAGGCUAAUGCCGAGAUCCCAUAUACAGUUCCGGUCCUUUUAUAGUCCCAUCACAGGCAGACCACUCUACAUGUUCAUGGUUAAUAAUUAUUGACAUGAGACGAACAAAAUCUUUGAGGGUUAUGAAUAAAGUUCUGAAAAUUAUAUAUCUGAAUUAAAUCUCGGUCUGAAUAUCUCAAGAAUGUUCAACGAAAUAUGAAUCAACACAUUUGUAAUAUUUUUUAACUAUCAUGGGCCGUUUAAGGCGUCCUUUCACGAAACUGCUCUUCUCUUAACGGUCUCUGGCAAAGGCAGUUUCACACAAAGACCCUUCAAACGGCUCAUGAAGGCGAAAAAUACCACAAAUGAGAUAAUUAACAUCUCACUUAACUUUAUUGAGAUAUUCAAAUCGAGAUGUAAUUUAAACAUGCAAUUUUCAGAGCUUUAUUCAUAAACCACAGAUUUUGUUCGUCUCACGUCAAGAAUCAUCAACCACGAAAACAGUGUGGUCUGCCUGUGGUCCCCUGAAGGUAUCUCUCCCAAGCCCCAGAAAACAGCUAGAACAAUGAACCGACCAAAGCUCGAUCGAAAUCUCGAUAGCACCGAAACCUUUCCAUGUGGAGUCCAACUGGCUAAGCUUACUUUCAUUAUGGAGUAAUUGGAAGAUAUUCUUCCACUUUUCAAUUUCUCCCUAUAGUUGCUGAGAUAGCUCAAGAUGGAAUCGCCAGAUUAGCAGUAGGACUAAAAGACGAUACCAAUCUUCAGGAAGGUAACGUAUUACCUUCGUAAAUGUACAAGAAGUCUAGUGAAAUUAAGAGGACAUGCUAUAUGUUGUUAACCCUUUACACUUUAUCAUCAGUAUUUGUAUUUUCCACCCUCUUACUUAUACAAUUCUUUGCUGCUCACAAGAAGCAGCUUCUCAGGUUGACGAUCAUUUCCAUAAUUCCCUUGAUCGUAAUGAAUGAUUCAGAGCAGUAUUGCUUUAAGGAGAAAUUGGAUGCUGGUCACUCUAAGGAUUUAAAAGGUUGUCACUAAUCUUUUUGUUUGUUAUUAGCUGAAGCUUCAAUCACGAGAAGAGUUUUUCCUUCAGUGGGGAUUCUACCUGGUAAACCAUUUCACGUGACUCACAGACGAGGCAGAGAAUUACAAAAGGUAUACGAUUUUUUCGUCGACUUAAGACAGAACGUUUCAAGCUCCACAGUCAUUGGCUUGUACAUUAAAGGUCCUCCCGGUUGUGGAAAGACACAACUAGCAAGACAGGUUGGAGAAGAGUUUAUGCAAAACAAUGCACCUGGGGGAUGUUUCGAAAAUAUGCCUCGUGUCGUCGCUACGUUGCAAGCGAAUAGCCCUGAGUCAAUGUUACAAUCAUUCAAAGAAUUACACGAGAAGUUAGAAAUCCCUAACGAACGCGAAUAUCAAGGAGGUGUCCGCGAGCAGAUCAAGAGUUACGUGGAAGAUUUUAAGAACUACCUUCGUAGAACAAAAUCUGUCUGGCUUUUGAUCGUUGAUAACCUAACAGUCAGUGAUCAAAUGAGAGAAUUCUGGCCAUCUCCGGGACAGGAAAGCUCAUGGGGGGAGGGAACAGUCUUGGUUACGACCCAGGAUUCUGAACUCGCCCCCAGAUCCCACGCACAUGCCAGGGUAAUCUCGCUGGAUUCAGGGAUGGAAGAGGAAGACGCUAUGGAAUUGUUACGAGUGAUAUCUGAAAUGGAUGUGGAUGAAGAUGCUAAAAAAGUCGCUAGCGUUCUUGGCUAUUUUCCACUGUCUCUAGCUUGUGCAGCAGUUUAUGUCAGGCAAAUGAGUUUGGAUCGCCCGGUUUCAAAGUUUUCUUGGAAAAACUAUCUGUCGAACCUCCAAGAGUACUUCGCAUAUCUUGAUCAUUCUGAUUUCACGCAUCACAAUCCAUGUUAUCCGCAGUCAAUGAUACGAGCAGCAGAGUUCGCAGCCAUACGGAUGGCCGAGAACAGCGAAGUUCUCCGGGCUGCCUUCGUGUUCCUUUCGUACUGCUCCUUACGACCCGUUCCGUUGGACACUGUGGCUGAUUACGUCUUGCGCGAGGCUAAAGCCAGUGGUAACGUCAACAUUAGAGUGCCUGAUGACGUCAAGCUAAAAAUAGCAAGGUGUUCUUUGCUAAUAUAUCCGAAAACAGGAGAAAGAGGAAUCGAAGUGGUUACACUUCAUCAAGUAAUGCAGUUGGCGUUCUCUCAGAUCAGACGAAAACAAGGCAAGUCGGGAAAAGCUACUGGUGAGAAGAAAAAAGAGUUGAGUGGAGUACUUCAAGCCUUAAACGAAGCCUACAAAUCAAAGAAAGGUGGGUUAAAAGAGCAUGAUCUUGCCAUAAGGAUUCUGCUGUGUCCACACUUGAAAGAGUUUGUUGAAGAAGUAAAAGUGGUCCAGUGGCUUGAAGAAGAUUUACUUGUAAAGGCGUUGGUUUACCUUGCAGAUGGUCUUGUGCACGUUGCCGGGGUAACCGACAAUUACCGCGUGGCUUUACUUGAGCGCGCUUACAAGAUCAACAAACAACUGGGUCGUACUGAUAUCACCGCAUGCAGGUUGCUUCACGACUUGGGUUACACGUACCGUGAGGCGGGCUUCCUGGAUAAAGCGAUUCCGAUUCUGGAGGACGCCAAGAAGCUCUGCGAGACUGAAACAGAUCCCAUAUGGAUGGAAGAAAAAUCAAAAGUCUUAAAUGUUCUUGCGUUUACGUUUCGUGAAGGUUCUCAGCUGGACUUAGCAAAGAAGUACAUGAAGCAAUGCGUUGAAGUGACCCGGGAGGCUUAUGGGAACAGUCACGUUGAGCUGGUUGAGAGAAUGUGUAACCUUGGAAUCAUUUUGCAUGACAGAUGGGAAAACGAUGAGGCUAUACAAGUCCUGGAGGAGGCCAGAAAAAUUAUUGAAAAUUGUGAUUCGACUGAGAUGUUCCUUCGUGGCCAGGUGUUGAAUUACACGGCUAAAGUCCAUCUGCGCUGGUAUCUUGGCCUGCGUCACACGCAUCCACAUGCGUGCAGCACCAACAUGCAUCUGAGAGAAUCGGCCACGCUACAUGCGCAAGCGUUAAAAAUCUACCUAGAUCUUCACGGAGAUAAUCACAAGUUCCCCAACGGAGUUAGGAUGACAUACGGAACAGCAAAACUGCAUUUAGGAGACAUUGACGAAGCUUACGAGAUGUGUCAGAAGGCCGUUGAGGUAUACAGAAGCUCAGGACAUAUUGCGUGGCCGCGUGCGGGUACAUUCCUCGCAGACGUCCUAUUCACCCGUGGGGAAUAUCGACGCGCGAAGGAUUUUCUGGAAGAGCUUGUACAAGUUCAUAAGGAUAAGAACCUCAUAGUGAGUCCCGGUGCCUAUCAUCCUAGGGCUCUCUUGGGUGAGGCUUUUGUGCACGUUGGUGACAUGGACGCUGGAGAGAAGAUCUUGGACGAAUGUCUACAAGAGUGGAAAAAGAAAGGAAUUCAUCCAGAACAUUACUGGGUAGCUCGUGUGCAAGCGUUUCUCACAGAUCUAAGAUCACGAGAGUCGAUGAAAUGCAGCGGUCAAAUCUUCAAUGAGCUGCCCGAUCAACUGAAUUGA